ACUAGAUCCUUCCGAUUCAAGACGAAUUCUGACCGUGCCUCCUGCUAUACAAAAACCGAAAGCAUUGUGGACUGGCAAACAAAUGAUAACCACCAUACUAAAGAAUUUAACUGUUGGUCUUGUCCCUCUAAAUUUGCGAUCUAAAACCAAGAUUUCGUCUAAGUACUGGGGACAGUGUGCGCCUGAAGAAGAAACAGUAAUUUUUAUUGAUGGAGAUUUUCUCACUGGAGUUCUUGAUAAGUCACAAAUUGGAGAUUCUGCAUUUGGAUUGGUUCAUUCAUGUUAUGAAUUAUAUUCUGCUGAUGUUACUGGUCAGUUUCUUAGUGUUAUGGGACGCUUAUUUACAAUCUAUAUGCAACGAUACGGAUUUUCGUGUCGUAUGGACGAUUUGAGAUUGACACCAAAAGGCGACCAAGAACGAAAGGAAUUAAUGAAUAAUAAUAUGGACCUGGGCAAAAUUGCCGCCUUUGAUUAUGUUGGGCUAGGCAAUUCUGUCGAGAACACGGAUUUACCAAGUUUAGAUAAAGAAUUUAAAAGUAUGAUGGAAGAAGUAUUUCGCGAUAGUGAAAAACAUCAAGGCUUAGACGCUAUCAUGAAAUCGCGUGUAAAUAAAUUGACCUCGUCAAUUAUUUCAAAUUGUAUACCAACGAAACUGUUGAAAUGCUUCCCGCAUAAUAACAUGCAAACCAUGACCAUAUCUGGAGCAAAGGGAAGUAGCGUAAACGUUUCGCAAAUUUCAUGUUGUUUAGGCCAGCAGGAAUUAGAAGGUCGUCGUGUACCAGUAAUGAUUAGUGGAAAGACUCUUCCAUCUUUUCUGCCUUAUGAACCUUCCGCACGUGCAGGAGGAUUUAUUGGUGGUCGAUUCUUAACUGGUAUAAAACCACAGGAAUUCUUUUUCCACUGUAUGGCCGGUCGUGAGGGCCUUAUCGAUACGGCUGUGAAGACAAGUCGUUCUGGUUAUUUACAACGCUGUCUCAUUAAACACCUGGAAAGCUUAAAAGUACAUUACGAUCAUACAGUGAGAGAUAGUGAUGGCUCUGUUAUUCAAUUCCAUUAUGGGGAAGAUUCACUUGAUAUCACCAAGCAAAAACAUCUUUACGAGUUUAAAUUUAAUACAGAAAAUCACAAAGCAUUGCUACAAAAGUACGAUAUUGUAAAAGCACAAAAAGUGUUGAAUACUUCUUAUGCGUCUAUUUAUGCGAAGAAGGCUGCAAAGAAUCCUCAAAAAUAUGAUCCUGUACUUUCUCGAUAUUCACCGAGUACUUAUCUAGGAUGCGUUUCCGAGAAAUUCCAUAAAGCUUUAGAAAAGUAUACAAAUGAGGAUCCGGAUGGCUUAUUUAAAGCCGACUCAAUAUCCAAACCGGCUUUUAGAAAACUUAUGCACCUUAAAUACCUUCAUAGCUUAGCUGAACCCGGCGAAGCAGUUGGGUUGCUAGCAGCUCAAGGUAUUGGCGAGCCAUCCACACAAAUGACGUUAAAUACCUUCCAUUUUGCCGGAUUUGGUGCGAAAAACGUCACCCUUGGUAUUCCUCGUUUACGUGAAAUAAUUAUGACAGCAUCAGAAAAGAUAAAGACACCAAUGAUGACACUUCCAUUGCUUGAGAGUGUGUCUGAGCAGGAGUAUUCUAAAUUCUGUCAGGAAAUAAGCAAAAUAACUUUAGCUGAAAUUGUAGAUCAAAUGAUAGUAACUGAACGAUUGUCUAGCAAACGGAAUUCAGAUGGAUCUGUUCGAUGCAGGGUUUAUAAUAUUCGUAUGCAAUUCUAUCCACGAGAAGAAUAUACGGAAGAAUUCAAUAUCGUACCUUCGCAAAUAGAACGUGCAAUCGAAUCAAAAUUUAUAAAGCAUCUUAUGAGCGCGAUAUCUAAAAUUACUAAAAGCAAGAAUGAAAUUUACGAUGAUAUAAUUCAAGAUACAGAUAAAUUUACAAACAGAACAAGAAAAGAUGCUAUAUUUGACGAAGAUGAACCGAUUAAUGCUGGUGGAGAUGAAUCUGAUGAUGGUGAUGGCGAUGCUACUAAUGCAAGAAUAAAUUCUAGAGCCAAACAGUUUGCGACCUACGAUGGACCGGAUGAUGAUGAUCUUGAGAUCAUUAAGGAAAAUGACCUUGCAUUUCGCAAUGAAGAUUCAGAAACGGAUGAGGGUGAUGAGCGGACAGAAGAUAUAGAUGACGAUACGGACCAAUCACAAGAGGUAUUCUUUAAGUUGCGAGACAAAACUAAAAGAUCGGAUUUACGGGACAAAAUCGUGGCGUCUUCAACUCAUGUCACCGAUUACCAGUUUGACCAUACCAAUUCACGUUGGUGUGAUAUAGAAUUGCAGUUUCCCACUGAUUCCAAAAAAUUGUUAUUGCUAAGCCUAGCUGAAGAUGCAUGUAAAAAGACCGUUAUCCGUGAAGUUAGUGGAAUUAACAAAUGUUAUCCAAUCACGAGUGAUAUUGAGGGAGAUACAUCAAAAACUAUUGCGACUGAAGGAGUUAAUUUUCGUCAAAUAUGGUUAUAUGAUGACAUAAUCGAUAUUAACAAAAUUUAUUCUAAUAAUAUCGCUGCUAUUCUCAAAAACUACGGGGUCGAAGCUGCAAGAGGGGCUAUAAUGAAAGAGAUAUCAGACGUAUUUGCAGCGUACAGUAUCAAUGUAGACCCAAGGCAUUUGACACUUGUUGCGGAUUAUAUGACUUUUGAAGGAACGUUUAAACCAUUUAACCGAAUGGGUCUUGCAUCUAAUUCUUCACCUUUUCUUAAGAUGAGUUUUGAGUCUACUUGCAAUUUCUUGACUCACGCAACGCUUAAUAAUGCUACUGAUACAUUAAAUUCGCCAUCGGCAAGAUUGGUACUUGGCAAAGUUGUACAAGGCGGUACUGGUAUUUUUGAAGUUCGUCAACUAUGUAAAACUUAUUAA